AUGGCGGCCAGACCUUUAUCCAGCUUCGUUCCCGGUAAUCGUAGAAUCCUGGGCUUGUGUUUUGUUUAUUUUUCAGUGGAUUGUCUCAGCCCGUCAAAGACCGGUCCCUGCCGUGCAUCGUUUCCCAGGUGGUUUUACAACGUCUCCUCCAAAACCUGCAAUGAAUUCACUUACGGAGGCUGCCUUUCCAAUGGGAACAACUACAGGAGUGAGCAGGAGUGCUGGAAGUAUUGCAAUGGAGUCACAGAGCCAGGAAGUAAUUCAGUGCCAGUACUAAGCAGAAGUAUCUCAAGUCUCAAGGACUGUUCCGGGCCGUGUGCUGCGAGUCAGUUUCAGUGUGCGGAUGGCUGCUGUGUCUCUCGCGACCUCCUGUGUGAUGGCACCACUCGAUGUCUGGAUAAGUCGGACGAAGAUUACUGCCGAGCUGUCCGAGAUAGUUACGACCAGUUGAUCAAGAAACAGGACCCGGGUCCACAGGAUAAUGAGCGAUGUACAGCUCCGAAGAAGGUUGGCAGCUGUCGGGCCGCGUUUCCACGUUGGUAUUUUGACACGAAGUCACGGAGCUGCCGCGAGUUUGUCUACGGAGGCUGCAAGGGCAACAAGAAUAACUUUGUCAGUGAGCACCAGUGUCUUGUGGCAUGUGCUGGGCUGAAAGAGGAUGUCCCUGAGCCCCACAAACUCCAGAGCGAGACGGAUGAUAAAGAGUACUGCUUUGCCCCAGUAGUGACCGGUCGGUGCCGAGCGUCCUUCCCGCGCUGGUUUUACAAUCCCGCCAGCUUGAUGUGUGAGCGAUUUGUCUACGGAGGUUGUGGAGGGAACAAGAAUAAUUAUCCCUCUGAGUUAGCGUGCCUGGCCAGGUGCACAGGGAAGACAGUCCCCGUGGAUAACCAGAAGGACGAGGAGGACGGAGAGUUCAAUACCCAGCACCAUGCGGGAACCCCUCAUAAUGUUCCUGCCAUUUCGAUGGUGAUCCUGCUCUCGAUCUGUGUCCUCGUCCUGUUGGGGGGAGUCAUCUACUUCAUCGUCAAACUGACCAAGACUGACCACACGGUCUCCUACCAGCGUGCACCCCACAGAGACGAUAAGGAGACUCUGAUCAGCACGGUGCCCCUGUAAGGUGUAACUCACUCGUGGGGCUGUGGAGCGUGUGGCAAACAAAAGCAAAAUAGUACAUUUUUACAACCUUUACCCUCGUGUCUUGUCUUCAGAAUUGCCACUACAGAGCGCGCAUGCGAGAGAGAGAGAUUUAAUCUGUAUUUCAUUUGCAAACCCUUCCCUUGUCUCCAUCCUAACCUUUUCUAGUUUACUCUGUACUGAUGAAGGGUAGACUUUAGCCAGGCAGGUCCCUGUAAUGACAAGCUGACUGGAGGACGGAAAUUGAAACUGGCACACCGCCCCCAGGGGUGGGGGGAGUGUCCCUCGGAUGUGGGUGGUGGAGAGAUACAGGUGAUGCUGAAGGAGUGCUGGGAAGAGACCCUCUGGGUUAGGGGGAUUGUCCCGAGGGGGGUGUGGAGUAACCCUGGGGGAUGGGGAGUGUUUGUCCCUAUUUCAUUUCGAGAUUGCGACUGACCCCAGUCGAAUUAUGUGGGAUUUAAUUUGGGAUUUGGGAACAGGCUUUCCCAAUCCUUGUGGUUGGAUUUCUCCUCGGGUUUUUACGUUGAUGGGAGCGGGGGAGAGCUGGGUUUCCCUGGUUGGUCAGUUUUGGGUGUUGGCUCAAUGUGUGUGCUGCGCUGGAUCCACACAGAGCUGCUGGUGGGCCCCAGUGCCUCUGGGAGGGGUCAUCGUGAAGGAUGUGUCCAGGGUUAGCUGUUAGUUACAGGUUCAGCCCAAGUGAGGAAUGUUUCCUGACUCUGGGAGUUGCCGGAAUGGAGGUGCUGGGGUUAGGUAAGGUCAGGCAUCACACGACUCCAGGUUACAAUCCAAUGGGUUUAUUUGAAAUCACAAGCUUCCAGAGCGCUGCCCCUUUGUCGGGUAGUUUGUCAUGUGACUUCUGACUGUUUCCAUUCACGUUUUUGGGGGGUGGAUGGGAGUCACAGCUGAUUGGCAGUGUUCACUCUGGACGUGUCUUUUUGCGCCAUCACCUGAGAGAGUUGCGUAUGACCCCGUGACCUCUAAUCCCUUUUCGUUUCUUUGACCCGCCUCCUGGGGAACCUGAAACCGUCUCCAGGCAACGGCUUGUCUCCGAACCUGGGGAGGGUGGGGAUCGAACCUGCGCCUGUCACCUUGUUCCUUGGGUUGGGGAGCGUGGAGCAGGAUGGAGAGCAAUUGGAAGUCUCUCCUCCUGGCUGGUCAAAUCGCAACCAGGUCGGUUCCUGACUCGCCCAAAAUGUCAAGGGAAUGGGUCUCUGGCGCAGUUCAGAGCUGGGGGUCUCAGGAUUUUCCAGUGCCUCGGGGUGUGGGGGCCAGUGCUGACAGGACCACUCCAGGUCUGGCAACAGUAUUAAAAAUUCUCCCUCCCAACCCUCCUUGGCUCUCUGUCCACACGAGGACUAUAAUCUCCCAAAGCCCAGAAAGAUUGGAGGUGGACACUGAAUAUUUCUCACAUUACGUGGAUGUAAAGUCGAGCGUUGACCAUUUUUAUGAUGUCAGCGAUGAGCUGAGGGUUUCCAGCUGGUUCCCCUUUCUGACCGUCCGUUUCUCAAUGUGAAACUGUUCCUCUCUUUCACAAUCCCACAUCCUCCUUCCUCGCUGCAGCCAUUGCUGUUGGACAGGAUCGAGGUGUCAAUGACUCUGCAAUUGUGCUGCACUUGAGUAGCUGCCUGUUUGUAGUCCAGGUGUGAGACUCUCUCCAGCCUGGACUUCACACGGGAGAGAAAGCUGUGGGCUUGUGUGUCUGACUGACGCGCUCCAUGUCAGUGUCUGUCAGUGUGCAUGUGUCUCUGUGCCUGGCUGGGUGUGUAGUUGUGUCUCUAACUGUUCCUUCCUCACAGUCACUGCACUGAGUCCUGAAACAGUUUAAGCUCCACGAAGUGAGAACACCACUUUGUACUCUGAGGAAUACGCAAGCCUGGCUUCAGUGUUGGAUCUUUGCAAUCUGCUCUCUGUCCCUUGUACUCACUUUCUCUUUCUCUCGCUCGCGCUUUCACACACCUUCAACUCCUGAGCACCACUCUCCAGCUCACACUAACCUUAGACAGUGUCGUGUGUGCGACCAUUCUGAUCAGUAAACCUCUGGGUGGAUUUGUACUCCUCUUUCAGUUUAUUUUUUAUUAAUAAUAAUAAUAAUAAUAAUCUUGAGAUUUUCUAUUUAAAAUCAUGUGUGGAAUCAAACAAAUCAAUUGUUAAAGAAACUGGAUUUCGAUUUUUUAAAUUUUUUUUUUCCUUAACUUUUUAGACUUGAAAUUAUUAUAAUGACCAACCAAAAACAGUGAGUGAUAGCAGGCGAAAGCAAGCUUGGAAUUUGUAAAUUGAAAUGUGUGCAUGGUUUGGGCAUUUUUAACUAUUAAGUUUAGUCUUAAUACUCAGGUGAUUGGGAAUCUCAGACUGGAGUUUGUCUUCUGUAAUAUUACUUGGAAUAAAAUCUUUUUAGAAGUUUU